CCUCGCACCUCGCAAGGUUUCGGCACCGCUAUAUAAACGCGUCCAUUAGACUAGCUCUUUACAACCAGAAAACAGCUCAACAUGAACACUUUGGCUUGCGCUGUCUUCGCCAUGAUCGCGGUUUCCGCAUCCGCCGCGCCUGUGGACAACACGCCAGUGCCUAUAGUGGCGUACAGCGCCGAUGGGCCGAACGCAGAUGGCUCGUACGUGUUCACCUACGAAACUGGGAACGGCAUUAAGGUGGAGGAGCACGGCCAGCUGAAGCAAGUGAACGACACGAAUUCGGUGGUGGUCGUUCAAGGAUCGUUCACUUAUCCAAACGCCGAGGGAUCCCCCGUCGCGUUGACCUACGUCGCCGACGAAAAUGGCUUCCAGCCGCAGGGUGAACACCUUCCAACCCCUCAUCCGAUCCCUGCCGCGAUUCUCAAAGCUUUGGAGUACAUUGCGGCCCAUCCAGAGCAAGACAGUGCGCGCUGAUCUACGCGAUAUAAUGAUAAGAGUAGAAAUAAGGCGUUGAUUGACCCGACGAUGGAUCGAGUGCGAAAGUUUUCGAGGCUCAUCGUUACGCAGUGUAUUUUUUUUUUUAUAUAUA